AUGAAGCGCACCAAAGUUUCCAUAACAAGAGAAAAGCGUAUCCGAAGUUAUGACCUCGAUGGUCCCAUCUCGUUCAAUGACGAGGAUAUAGAAGACAUCGUUCAGCCCCACAACGCUGCACUGGUAAUAUCUGUCCUUGUUAAUAAAGUUAGAAUUAAACUUUUGCUGAUUGAUCCAGGUAGCUCGGCUAAUAUCAUCCGAUGGAGAGUCAUCGAGCAGCUGGGACUACUAGACCAGAUCGUGCUAGCAGUCCAAGUCCUCAACGGAUUCAACAUGGCCUGUAAAACGAUGAAGGGUGAGAUCACCUUACCAAUCAACACAGCUGGAACCACGCCGCAGACAAAAUUUUAUGUGAUAGAGGGAGACAUGGGAUACAAUGCAUUAUUUGAAAGACCAUGGAUUCACAACAUGAGAGCAGUGCCUUCAACUCUGUACCAAGCGCUAAAGUUCCUGACCCCAGAAGGGAUCAAAACAGUUCAUGGUGAGUAG